AAGGACUGAUUGAGGGGAGUGUGAGAGACAGACUGUAGGUGAGAGAUAAGAGUGAGAGAGAGAGUGUGGUAAAGAAUAACUUCCUGCUGAACCAACUGAUCUGUGAGAAAGAGAAGAAUUUGGACACGGGGAGAGGAAGAAAGAGAGAAGUGUAAGAAAACAGAGCCAAAGGAAAUCUACUGGAAAAGAAGAGGAGAAAACUGGGGCAGCUGCAAGCAACAGUGGAUUAAGAUGGAAAUCUACACUCUAACAGUAGCCACUGGUACAUCAGAGUAUUCGGGCACCAACAACUACAUCUUUGUGACCCUGGUGGGAGAGAAAGGGGAGAGUGAGCGCACCCUGCUGGACAACCCUGGACUGGAUUUCUGUCGGGGAGCGGUUGACCAAUACAAGGUGACCAGUCCUUCCCCUUUAGGCUCCCUGCUAUUGGUCAGACUGGAGAAACAGAGGUACUGGGUAGAAGAUAACUGGUUCUGUCGCUACGUCACAGUGGAGCCUCCAGGUGGACACAAAAUGACCUUCCCGUGUUACCGCUGGCUUGUAGGAGAUGUCAAGGUCGAGAUAAGAGAGGGAACAGCUAAGACGCUGAGGGAAGACUCCUCAUCUCAGCUGGUGGCGCACAGGAAGAGAGAGCUGCAGGAUAAACAGAAGACUUACAGAUGGGUAACGUGGGCUCCAGGGAUUCCCAGAUGUAUCGAUGCUAAAACAGAAGCAGAUUUACCCCAAGAUGUCCGCUUUGAAAAUGAGAAGAGGAGUGACUUUGAACAUUCCUUACACUAUGCCUUGCUGGAGUUGUCUCUUAAGAAGUUGGCCAUCAGGUUUGGGAAGUCCUGGAAUGAUCUGGAUGAUUUCAAACGGAUCUUCUGGAAGCUGAGAAGCCCCAUAGCUGAGUACUGUAUGGAGCACUGGAAGGAAGACUGGUUCUUUGGCUACCAGUGUCUGAAUGGCUCCAACCCAAGGAUGAUCCAGAGGUGCAAGAAGAUACCAGAGAAUUUCCCUGUCACAUCAGACAUGGUGCAGAGCUCCAUGGCUCCCAGGACCAACUUGGACAAAGAACUCAAGGCAGGAAAUAUCUACUUGUUAGACUACGCCAUCAUGGAUGGGAUUCCCACCAACACAAUCAAGGGAAAACCUCAGUACAUUGCUGCUCCGCUCUGUCUCCUGUACCAACACCCAGAUGAAGGACUCAUACCGAUUGCUAUACAGCUAGAGCAGACUUCAGGCCUGGACACGCCCAUAUUCCUUCCCAGAGACCCACCUUUGGCCUGGCUAUUGGCUAAGAUGUGGGUGCGUCACUCUGAGUUUCAGGUGUUCCAGCUGCUGUCACACCUGCUCAGGACUCACCUUGUGGUAGAGGUGUUUUGUGUGGCUACUCUGAGACAGCUGCCUGCUGUACACCCUAUAUAUAAGCUCCUGGCCCCUCACCUGCGCUAUACUCUGGAGAUCAACUGUAGGGGGCGCACUCAGCUUAUCUCUGCCGAUGGCAUCUUUAAACGGGUUGUGUCUACAGGUGGUGAUGGCCUGUUGGUUCUGGCUCAGAGGGAGUACAAGGUGCUGACCUACCGCUCCCUCCAGCCAUGCAUUGACUUUGCUGACAGAGGAGUGUCCCAGCUCCCAAAUUAUUUCUACAGACAACACAGUCUGAUGCUGUGGGAGGCCAUACACAGUUUUGUCUCAGGUAUGAUAAACCUGUACUACCAAUCAGACCAUGAUGUGCAGGAAGACCUGGAACUCCAAGCCUGGAUCAGAGACAUAUCACAGGAGGGCUUCACAGAGCUCCCCAACUUUGGUCUGCACAGUAAGCUCAGCACCAGAGAGGAACUGUCCACCCUGCUGGCAGUGGCCAUCUUCACGAGUACAGCCCAGCAUGCUGCCACUAACAACGGACAGUUUGACUGGUGUGCCUGGGUCCCCAACACCCCCUGCACCAUGAGACAACCCCCACCAACAGACAAGGAUGCAGUUACCAUGGAGAUGAUCAUGGCCACCCUUCCUGAUGUCAGCCAGUCCUGUGUACAGAUGGCUAUCACAUGGCAUCUGGGGCGAGCACAACCAGACGCUAUUCCCUUGGGCCAAUACAUGGAGGAGCACUUCACUGAGAGCCGGGCUGUGGAGCUGAUUGACAGGUUCAGAACAGAGCUGAAGGAGAUUGAAGACCACAUCCUGAGUCAGAAUGAAGGACUGGAACUGCAGUACCUUUUCCUCCUACCCAGCCGCAUAGAAAACAGCAUCACAAUAUAGAAAUACUGACAGAGUACUCCACGCAGGAUCUGUUUUUAUUUUGAGAUUAAAUCAUUUUUUCUAUAGAUCAUUGUUUUUUGUUUUGUUUUUUUAAAAUGGUAUUACAUUCAUUGUAAUUCAAUGUUGUAAAAUAUUAUUUUAAAAAAUGAAAAUCAACUAGACCAUUUGUGAUUGUCAGUUAUUAUUGACCAGACUGCCAACUGAGCAACUCCAUCUGCCAAUGAAGACCCUCAUCAAGGAGGAUAUUUACAUCUGAAUGACUAUGAAAAGAGCUAGUGAGUGUACCUUUAUUUGUAUUUUCUAGUUCUGUACCAGAUCCCACUGAUACAAAACUAGAGAAUGUGACUUGAGUGAAAAAUAAGAAUACCAGGUAGAUCAUUGUUACUGUGAUGUUAUCAUGUGCUAAUGAUGUUUUCUGUUUAAGAUAUGGGAGCAAAAGUGCAGCAUCUGAGCUGUGUAAGAUGCUCUGUCCAUGACUCUGAUGGGCUGACACAUUGGACAGAAUAACUAAUAAGCUUCAACAGCUGUGCUGCGUUCAGUGGACAUUCUGAGAAAUAAAGACAUUUAUAACCUCA